UUUAUGUCUCAGUUGUUGAAUCCUGUUUUUUUUAAAUAUAUAACUAUCAAUUUAUUUCCUUUUCUAUCAACUGAGUGUAUGUAUAAUGGAUGAAUAUAUUGGGAAUUAUCAGGAAGGCGUCAGCUUGCAAAUGUGUUGCCAAAGGGACAUGUAAGUGAGAUACUAUGGCUUAUUAGGGGUACACAAUAAGUCAAAGUUUAGGAUCCACUGGUUCGGAAGGAAACAGAAUGGGUCGUCACAAUGGGUCAUCACCAAAGUUCUACAAUCACGCAACAAUAGCUUAUGAUUCCAAAACAAAGUUCACCGUGACGACUUCUAGAACACUGGCUCAAAAGAACAGACAUUCUGAAAAAUGUACUUCAAAAAUUUGCACACAUGCGAAGGAGGAACCGCUUAAUAUUUUUAAAAGAUCAAAUCCAAACAUUUUUUAAUAAGAAAUGGAUGAGAGGCCAAAUAAAGAGGCCGGAAAGCUCCGUUCCAACUUUGCGUGUGGAUACGACAGAGCUGAGGCGCCACCUAAGGUACGUUGAGAUAAGCACAGUAUUUCUGAAAGGGAAACUCAGAGAUAGAAUAUUGUAAAAUAAAAGUGAAAAUGUGUGCUUCUAUGUUUCAAGCCAAAGAAGAGAAGGACUAACCCACCAACUGAGGAUGCUGUAGAACACUGUAUCACUAUUCGCUCUUUGCCACCUGAGCUGCUGGAAGAGAUUCUGUCCAGAGUGUCAGUCAGUGACGUCAUCGCCUUUGGAGCCACUUGCAGCACCUACCACCAGCUGAGCCUAAGCUCCUCCCUCUGGAGACGGCUCUGCCAUCGCCAGGCAACGGGGACGCAGCAGCCUUCCGCUGCCCCGCCCAACGACUGGCGAAGGACAGCAAUCUUGAAAUACUCCCAGGGCCUCCAGAUGCAGCGUUUGGGCAGUGGGUGGUCCCGGACUCCCCAGUGGUGCAGGUCCGGGGGUCCCUCUGUGUCCCUUGCCGUUGUUCCUCCCCUGGCACUGGGCUACAGAAGGUCCCUGCCAACCCGCGACCACCUCCUGCUGUUUGACUACCAGGGCACCGUCUUCCUGCUGCGCAACGCCGCCACAUCAUCGCUCCGCGGUCACAUGACUUGGAGGAGGGCCUCACGCCACACUGUGCUGUGUCAGAAUGCCAAAGAUUUUGCCGUGGAUCCCCGUAGCGACAACUCCUUCCGUCAGUACAUAUACGUCCUGGUGAGCCGUGCUAACAGUGGUGCAGAGGCCGUACCCCCCAGCUGGCCCGACGCCCCCGGCUCGGCCCCCCCUCUCACCCCUCCGCGGUGUGACUGUGUGGAAGUGUUCCAGCAGGACACCAGCCAGAGGGUGUUCCGGAUGACCUUUCACCCCUCCCUGACCUUCAUACAGCUCCGCCUCACCGGCUCCGAGGUCAACAGGGUCCUGCUGCUGCUCACUGAUUCUGGGAAGGUCUAUUCCCUGUCUGUGAAUGAGACCCUGUUGAACACGCCCCGUUCCUACACCGUGCAGCUGGCUCUGAAGAAGAUCAGCAUCUCUCUGCCUCACCUGCCCAUCGCUCAGGUCCAUUCCAGCUACAGCAGCAUCCUCUACCUCACAGGUGAGGGUUCAGUCUAUUUGGAGGUGCACUCCGUUGGUGUGUAUCGUCAGUUCAUUGGGACCCAGCAGGGUUACGAUCCCCAUGACAUCCACACCCCUCUGCCGCUCUCCCUGCCCUACAAGGUGGUGAAGUGCUCUCUGGGACUGAGCCACUUGUGCCUGCUGGACGAUUGUGGCCGAGUCUUCAUGCAGGGCAGCAACCGUUAUGGACAGCUUGGCACAGGAGAUAAGAUCGACCGCGGCGAACCCACAGAGGUGGUACUGUCCAUGACUCCAGUGGAGGUGUGGUGUGGACUGAACCACUCGCUCGCCCUGCUGCAAGGGGAGUCUGGAGUGAAGGAAGUACAGGGCUGUGGCUGUGGAGGAGGCCGCCGACUGCCCGGCUGCUCCAAGGGAAGCGCUGUGUUCAUCAAACUGAACAUCAAGGUGCCCCGUGCUGCCCGCUCUCUCUGUGCCUCCAAGGACUGCCUCUUCCUGCUCUGUUGCCAUGACAUCGCCGAGCCCCCGCUGUUCCGCUGCCCCCCCCCUGUAAAGGAGGAGGAUGAGGAGGAAAGUGAGGUGGCGAGAGAUGAGAGGGAGAGGCUGAUCUGGCAACUAGCCCAGCUGAGGGAGUGUGAGAGUCUGAGGCGAAAGGUGGACAUCCUCCGCUGGGCUGUGCAGCGACACAUGACCAUUAACCCCGCCCACAGGGAGUUCCUGGUCCAAGCGCUGAUCGCCAUCCGGUCCGUGUCUGACGAGCCCAGCAGCCAGUCGUAACCACAUUCACCAACAAUGCCACUUUUUUCGUCCUAACAGAAUGUUUUUUUUUAUGCUAUAUGAAACAAUUGUGGCCAAAGACUCCAUCCACAUUUGAUGUUUUAUUUUGCUUAAUAAAAACAGCAGCAUCAGU